AUGGGGAGGGGGCAGGGACCGGGGAGCGCUGUCAGGGUCUGGGGGCAUGGGGAGGGGGCAGGGACCGGGGAGCGCUGUCAGGGUCUGGGGGCCUGGGGAGGGGGCAGGGACCGGGGAGCGCUGUCAGGGUCUGGGGGCCUGGGGAGGGGGCAGGGACCGGGGAGCUCUGUCAGGGUCUGGGGGCCUGGGGAGGGGGCAGGGACCGGGGAGCGCUGUCAGGGUCUGAGGGCCUGGGGAGGGGGCAGGGACCGGGGAGCGCUGUCAGGGUCUGAGGGCCUGGGGAGGGGGCAGGGACCGGGGAGCGCUGUCAGGGUCUGGGGGCCUGGGGAGGGGGCAGGGACCGGGGAGCGCUGUCAGGGUCUGGGGGCAGGGACCGGGGAGCACUGUCAGGGUCUGGGGGCAGGGACCGGGGAGCACUGUCAGGGUCUGGGGGCCUGGGGAGGGGGCAGGGACCGGGGAGCUCUGUCAGGGUCUGGGGAGGGGGCAGGGACCGGGGAGCGCUGUCAGGGUCUGGGGGCAGGGACCGGGGAGCACUGUCAGGGUCUGGGGGCAGGGACCGGGGAGCACUGUCAGGGUCUGGGGGCAGGGACCGGGGAGCACUGUCAGGGUCUGGGGGCAGGGACCGGGGAGCACUGUCAGGGUCUGGGGGCCUGGGGAGGGGACAGGGACCGGGGAGCGCUGUCAGGGUCUGGGGGCAGGGACCGGGGAGCACUGUCAGGGUCUGGGGGCCUGGGGAGGGGGCAGGGACCGGGGAGCACUGUCAGGGUCUGGGGGCCUGGGGAGGGGGACAGGGACCGGGGAGCACUGUCAGGGUCUGGGGGCUGGGGAGGGGGCAGGGACCGGGGAGCACUGUCAGGGUCUGGGGAGGGGGCAGGGACCGGGGAGCGCUGUCAGGGUCUGGGGGCCUGGGGAGGGGGACAGGGACCGGGGAGCACUGUCAGGGUCUGGGGGCCUGGGGAGGGGGCAGGGACCGGGGAGCGCUGUCAGGGUCUGGGGAGGGGGCAGGGACCGGGGUGCUCUGGGCGGACCCUGGUGAUGCACUGGGCGGGUCCUGACGUCGCACUGGGCGUGGUCUGGCGGUGCACUGGGCGGGACCUGGUGGUGGACGGAGUGGGGCGGGGCCCGGAGCGGGCCGGAGUCUGA